UCUAUCAAAGGACCUAGAGGAUGCCGGGGUAUCCCCGGUGCUAGGCCAGUGCCUAGUGGGCGGCGGGCUGCGUGGAGUCGGGUGUGUGGGACACGACYGCCGUGAGCCCUCGCUUUGAGGAGGGCCCAUGAGUUCCUUGGGUUUGCUGUCUUCUCAUCUGAAGGCAAGACUCUGGGAAAGUCAGCAAGUGCCGGGAAAAGAUGGGUUCGAGCUUGUCUGCCCAAAGGCGCGAAUGGCCGCGAGAUCCACGGUCGCCGCGCAGCCCCUACCUGAGGAGCUUUUCAUAGUGAAGGUGGAGGAGGACUCACUCGGAGGUCGGGAGUCCGACCCGCCCGGGGCCUGGCAAGACCCCGAAACUUCUCGACAGCAGUUUAGGCAGUUGCGUUACCAGGAGGUGGAUGGACCCGAAGAGGCGCUGAGUCGGCUCAGGGAACUCUGUCGUCGGUGGCUUAGGCCUGAGAUGCGCUCAAAGGAGCAGAUCCUGGAACUGCUGGUGCUGGAGCAGUUCCUGACCAUCCUACCCGACGAACUCCAGGCCUGGGUGCGUGACCACUGCCCAGAGAGUGGGGAAGAGGCCGCGGCUGUGGCGCGGGCUCUCCAGAGAGCGCUGGGCGGGACCUUACCCCCGGGAUUGGUGACACUCAAGGAUGUGGCCGUGUCUCUACCCUGGGAGGAGUGGGAGCAGCUGGACACAGCUCAGAGGGACUUCUACAGGGAGAAUGUGCAGAAGGAUAAUGGGAGCACAGUCCUGCCUAGUUUGGAAACUAAAGCUGAGAACAAAGGGUUGAUUCCAAAAGAAGAAAUUUUAGAAGAAGCAGAGCCACAGGUGUGGCUACAAGAAGUUUCCCAGGGGAAGGCCUCCCUCUUUUCUAAGUGUUACAAUAUGUGUAAGGAAAGAGUAGAAAAGCACCCGAGAGACCCUGUGUCAUUGAAACUCAAAAAUUCUGAAGAACAAGGACUCAGAUCAAGAACUACCAUCUCAGAUCUCAACAGCAAUGGUUCCACAGAACAGGGAGUCUCCAAAAAUAAUGAAUUUGGGAAUAGUGCUAAAAGUUCCAGCUUUGUUCUUGGUCAGCACAUCCAGAAAUUACUGAGGACAGUUGAUGGUGAGGAACAAGGGAACAAGUGCAAAGAAAGUUUUGGUGAGGUGAAACAUCACAUAGCGAAACCUCACAAUUCUGUUGACAGUGACACCCCGAGAUGGCUCCAUGAAGAAAGACCUUAUAAAUGUGAUCGCUGCGAGAAGAGGUUCAAACAGCGCUCAGACCUCCUGAAACACCAGAGGAUUCACACAGGUGAGAAACCCUAUGAAUGCCAAGAAUGUGAGAAAAGCUUCAGUCAGAGUGCUGCCCUGAUUAAACACCAGAGGACACACACAGGCGAGAAGCCAUAUACAUGCUUGAAGUGCGGGGAACACUUCAGACAGAGCUCACAUCUCAAUCGGCAUCAGAGAACCCAUGUUGGAGAGAAGUUCUGUAAAUGUGAGGAAUGUGGGGAGACCUGCCAUGUUUCUAACCUUUUUAGACAUCAGAGACUCCAUAAAGGGGAGAGACCCUAUAAAUGUGAAGAGUGUGAGAAGAGCUUCAAACAGCGCUCGGACCUCUUUAAGCAUCAGAGAAUCCACACUGGGGAGAAGCCUUAUGGAUGCUCUGUCUGUGGGAAAAGCUUCAGUCAGAGUGCAACCCUCAUUAAACACCAGAGAACUCACACUGGAGAAAAACCUUAUAAAUGUGUUGAAUGUGGGGAAAGCUUUAGACAAAGUACACACCUUGCCCGACACCAAAGGAUCCAUCAAGGUAAAGUCCCAUCACUUUGAAAUGUUUUGCUCACUUGGAUUUAUUUUCGUGUCCAGAAACUAUAUUCUUUGGCAUUUGGAGCAUUCAGUCAUUCAUGAAUCCUGUUUCUGCAGGCAUCUCACACAGGGUACAUUCAGUCCAGCUUGAGUCUCAAGAAAUACUUUAUGAUGGAGAACUUCUGUGAAGGAGGAAUGAAUAUAAACCCUCCAAAAGAUUUGUACUAGAUAUGACAUCUGAUAAGAGCAAGAGCAAUAUGUGACAAACUUCUGUCCUURUCAUCACUCUUUCCACUACUGCUUUUGGACAAAAUCUUUCCCGUUUCAAUUACUUCUCUACUUCCCUAAGAAUUUGGGCCCUUGGAAUUGUCUUGCUCUUUAGAUAGUGAACGAAUUUCAACUACUUCAUAAUUCUAAAAAUACUUGGUAAAUUUCAACACAUACAUGAGACACUAGUUUUUACAUUUUAAGAUUGUGUAUAGCCCUCUUUCCCAUUCUAGGAGUCUUGAUUUCUUUUAAAACAAGAAAAAAAAAAUCAUAUAAACACACACACUUCUGGCACAGUAUCCUUUUAACAGCUUAUUGAAUAGGGUUCAUUAUUUGAUAACUUUUGGUUUCUGAAAAAGUUUUUCAGUAAACCAUCACUGAACUGUACAUGUAUGGGCUCUUGUAAUACCAAAAAGCCUAAAGCAUUUUUCCUGAGGAGGCUUCUUAUAGUGUGGAACAUAAAGAAGUGUUCCUGGGGGCUGGGGAUGUGGCUCAAGCGGUAGCGCGCUCGCCUGGCAU